AUGCCUGUCCCCGUCGAAGCCAUCAUCAAAACCUACCACUUUGACCCCAAAGACGCAGAGCGCAUCGCCUUCCGCCGCAUCCCAAACAAGAUUGAAAUCGUGGAACCCAACCCGCUAUGGCCCCAGUACUUUGAGGUGCUUAAAGAGCGCAUCGUCUCCGCCCUCGGCUCGACCAUUGUCGAAAUCGCCCACGUCGGAUCCACUAGUGUUCCUGGCUUGCCCGCCAAAAACCUCAUCGACAUUGACCUCACCGUCAAGGAUAUCCUAGACGAGGAUUCCUACGUGCCGCAGCUGCAGGCGGCGGGAUUCGAUUUCUUGUUCCGCGAGCCCAAGUGGCAUCAGCACCGCUUCUUUUGCGCGUACGAGCCCGUGGCUAAUUUGCAUGUCUAUGGGCCGGAUUGUCCUGAGGCGGUGCGGCACAAGAUUUUUAGGGACUGGUUGAGGAAGACGCCCGAGGAUAGGGAGGCGUAUGUCAAGGUGAAGAGGGAGUCGGCGGAGCUGGCGCAGAGCUUGGGGAAUGAUAAUGUGAAUGAGUAUGGGAAGAGGAAGGAUGAGGUUGUUGCGGCGAUUUUGCAGAGGGCGUUUCGGGAUUUGGGGUAUAUUGAGUAG